AUGGGAGACGUCUGGCAAACUUUAGGAGUGAGGUCAGGACUAAUCUGCGAGUUAUCUCGGAUUAAAUGCUGCAGCCACAAGUGCCGCCAGCGAAGGAGCCAGGGGCCCCGCCGGCCCUGCCUGGCGCAAGCUGGUCUGUGUCACUGUCAGGAUCUGUCCAGCGCCGAGUUCCCUCACAGGGGUGUGCUAGGGGGAGUCCUCUUUCCGACUAUCAAAAUGGUUAUCAAAGUGUUUGUUGCCACAUCGUCUGGGUCCAUAGCGAUUAGGAAGAAACAGCAAGAAGUAGUAGGCUUUUUGGAAGCUAAUAAAAUAGACUUUAAGGAACUGGAUAUAGCUGGAGAUGAAGACAACAGGAAGUGGAUGAGAGAGAAUGUUCCUGGAGAAAAAAAACCUCAAAACGGGAUUCCUUUGCCUCCCCAGAUCUUCAACGAAGAGCAGUACUGUGGGGAUUUCGACUCUUUCUUCUCUGCAAAAGAAGAGAAUAUUAUUUAUUCGUUCCUUGGUUUGGCUCCUCCUCCAGGCUCACAGGUGACAAAGUCGCCUGAGGAUGAAUCAUCCCUUCCCAAUGGCGAUGUAGUGGGAGAGGCAGAGAGUACCACAGAGGGAACAGAGAAGACCGAAGAAAGUGGAGAAAACGAGGCACAGAAAAAGGAUGAAGAAGAUGCGGGCAACCUUACUGAAUCCCAAGAAAAGAAUGAAGAAGAGGGGGAGACAGCAGCGGAAAAGACAGAAGACAUAACGGAGGAGGGAGCGGAAGAAGCAGCAGAGGACGAGGAAGCUGAAAAAGGAGAAGAAGAUUCGUAGGCAUCUUUGUGCUUUAUUUCUUCACCGUUUCCAGAAAACUCAAGCCACGAAGCAACAUUUCAACUUUUCCCUUACAAACCAAACUCAACCAAAUGCUUUGGCCGGAAGCUAGCCCACCGCUCCGCCCAUCUGGGCUCACGGAGGAAUGCACUGUCUGAUGCGGUUAGAUGCCCGCGGCCCCACCGACGUGAUCAUAUCAUUGUCAAGUGCAAUGACGACACCUGCAAACCGUCA